AAAAUCAAAGUAAUACAUUGUUUAUAGAAAUCUUUAUGGUCAAUGAACAUUGUUCUCUUGACCUCGCUGAUGUGCAUACUUUGUGUGAGGCUGCGGUUGACUAUGUUCUCCAAAAUGUGAAUACCGUAGGAUACAUCAUAAAAGGUAUUGAGGAAAUUACAUUAAAAGCCUUCCCGCGCGAGCGCAUUAAGUGUUUAAAAGCAGAUCCAGUUUCCUUAUUGGGCUCUGAAAAUACAUCUUCCUUGACAAACCUACCAACCGUCGAUUUCAGUUCUAUCUCAGCGGGCUAUAUGUGGCAGCGUACUCGACCUGAUUGUGAGAAGGGCGACAUUGUACUUAUUGAAGACUACCUGACGUUAAUGAAUCAAGCGCCUCAAAAUCACACCCCAUCUGCGCUUGAAGAAUCCAAACCAGAUACAAAGAUAAAAGAUACUACCAAUCUUUCUAGUAGUGUGGAUCUAACGACUGAACUGGAAAAAUAUCACAAGAAUGUUUUAAAUUUUGUUGAGCGCAACCUUCGACAUGAGCUAAUUCACGCAUUUGAUGACGUUCGCGGUCACAUUGACAGUGCCGAUUGUUUUCAUCAGGCCUGUAGCGAGGUGCGAGCAGCUCGACUAAGCGGUGAUUGCUUCGUAGGCGAGGAACUCAAGAGAGGACGUUUUGACUACUUUGAAGGCGGUUUAAAGUGCGUGCAGCGACGGGCAACGAUGGCGUUAGAGACAAAUCCAAUAUGCCGGGGAUUCUCCAAGCGGGCAGUCGAUACGGUUUUUCAGCGAUGCUAUUCGGAUUAUGAGCCCUUUGCUGCACCUGUUUAUACCAUGGGUAGCUAUGGAGAGCGUCGAUUUGAAACGGGUGUUCUGAAGCAGAAAUAGACCUAAAAAUUCAUCCCAAUAGAAUUCCAAGAAAGUGUAAUGUUUCUUCCCUUCUAUGCUGUUAUCAUAUGCUUUUGUAAUCAUAGAUUUGAAGCGUCGAAUGCUGGAACCUUUUUUUACACGU